AUGUGCAACAUAAACUUGACAUCACGGACGUCCUUGACUCACAACCACGACCACCUUGCGCCCCCCGCCCCCAGCAAUCGCUUGCCCUUCCACCCUGUCAUGUCCUACUCGCCGACCAACUCGCAAUCCGAGUUCAAUCGAUACCUCUACGCUACGCAACCGCAAGAGCUCGAACUGCCCCAACGCAGAUUCCAAGCGGCCCUCUACGAGACUCAACUGUCUCCCGAGAUCGCUGCACACGACGACUUUGGGGAUUUUCCCGCUUCGUCUGACGGCCUUGGGCCGUACCCGUUCUCUCGAGCUGAGGCCAGGUCGCACUUAACCCGAUCGAGCUCCGCUUACCCGCCCUUCGUCUGCGAUCACGCACAGGCCGAGUUAUCGGAUGAGGGCUUCGCUGCUUUUACGCCCGCCGCACAGAUGGCCGCUUCCCCUGGCGUCGACCUUCGCUUGGGCAACUGCUACGCUACGCAUGCGUCAAACGGCUAUCGCGAAGGUUUCGGUAUCCCCUCACUCUCAAGCAGAGGCCCAUACGAGUUCGGCGCUCCGGCGUUCCCGCAUACAAAGAACGAUGCUUGCGCUUCUGGCGCGGCCUCGUUCUACACGCAGACAUGCCCUACCGCCCUUUGGCCUUCCCCGGAGGCCGGCUGGUCUUCGUCUCCCACGCCGAGUUUCACCGCCACCGACGCUUUUCGACGGCAGUCUCCGGAGAAGGAAGCAGAAGCACUUGACAGCGCACGAGUCAAUGGACCUGGUCGAGUCGCUCGUCGAGCUGUUGGCUCCGCUGCGCUGACGGACGCCUCCCUCCGCCGCCGCCGCCGCAAGACAUACCGCGGAGCUCACUUGAGGAUAUGUCCCCACUGCGGACAUACCUUCACGCGAACAAAUAAUCUCAAGGAUCACAUCCGACGCCACGAGAACAAGUUAGCGUUCAAAUGCCCUGAACGCGGCUGCAACGGAGCCUUCAAUACAAUGAACGAUCUGAAGAGUCAUCUUCAGAGGAUGCACCGCAGAAGUUAG